GACGCGUGUACCCUCAUUUCCCAUCCCAGCACCGACACACACUGGAUUCCUUAUAAAGUGACACCUCUGGGAGACAGAGCGCUACAUACUCGCCAUCUGCUGCUUUUUUCUCUUCUGAUUUCCUUUCCUUUGGGUUCACGAGCAGAGAGAGAAUUAGAGACAUAGCUGGAAUUAUUGCUUGGACUCGGGAUUGACAGAAUAAACCAUAUCGCCAAGUAUUUGGAUUUUUGUAUUCCUAAUGGACCUGGUAAUGAAUUGACACCAACUGGAUUGAGAGAAGCUAAAGUUGCACAGUCGAAUUGCGCGCAGCCUUUACCUGGGGCCAAUCCUAACCUUUCAUAGGUUUUUUUUUACUGCAAUUCAGAAAGUCUGUCACUCUAUGAAAGGGCGGAUCUAAAGAGAAGCUUGAAGAAAGAAAGCAGAUCCCUGACUACUGCAGUGUAGUUUGGGACAAGCCGCUUUGCGCCUUGUGCCUUGUAGCGCUAUCGCACCGGCAAGUGCUGCGAGGCAUAUCAGCCAACAUGGGACAGCAAUGCAUGCUGACUCUCCUCGUCCUCUUCGCCGUACUCUGUCAGAUAUCCUGCUCCGGACUUUUCGAACUCAGGCUGCAGGAGUUUUUAAAUAAGAAGGGGCUGCUCGGAAAUAUGAACUGCUGCAGACCUGGAUCGCUUGGCACUUUGCAGCGGUGCGAUUGCAAGACCUUCUUCAGAAUCUGCCUUAAACACUAUCAAAGCAACGUGUCUCCGGAGCCUCCAUGUACAUACGGCAGCGCGGUUACCCCUGUAUUGGGCACCAACUCCUUCGUUGUACCGGAGAGCAGCAGUUCGGACCCCACUUUCAGCAAUCCUAUUCGAUUCCCUUUUGGAUUCACAUGGCCUGGUACCUUUUCCCUUAUCAUUGAAGCAAUACAUGCGGAUUCUGCUGAUGAUUUAAACACAGAGAACCCAGAACGUCUCAUUAGUCGCCUUGCCACCCAACGUCACCUUACCGUUGGAGAGCAGUGGUCCCAAGAUUUGCACAGCAGUGACCGGACAGAACUGAAAUAUUCCUACCGCUUUGUAUGUGAUGAACACUACUACGGGGAAGGCUGCUCUGACUACUGCCGUCCCAGAGAUGAUGCUUUUGGUCAUUUUUCCUGCGGUGAAAAAGGAGAGAAAUUGUGCAACCCUGGAUGGAAGGGCCUGUACUGCACAGAACCAAUUUGUUUGCCUGGAUGUGAUGAACAUCAUGGAUAUUGUGACAAGCCUGGGGAAUGCAAAUGCAGAGUUGGUUGGCAAGGCCGAUACUGUGAUGAAUGCAUUCGUUACCCAGGGUGCCUGCAUGGCACCUGCCAGCAACCAUGGCAAUGCAACUGCCAAGAAGGCUGGGGAGGACUUUUCUGUAACCAAGAUCUUAACUACUGCACCCACCACAAGCCAUGCAAAAAUGGAGCCACAUGCACCAACACUGGCCAAGGAAGCUACACUUGCUCCUGCCGUCCUGGGUACACUGGCUCCAACUGUGAAAUCGAAAUCAAUGAAUGUGAUGCAAACCCUUGCAAGAAUGGAGGCAGCUGCACUGACCUGGAAAACAGCUAUUCAUGUUCCUGCCCACCAGGCUUCUAUGGCAAAAACUGUGAACUCAGUGCUAUGACCUGCGCCGAUGGCCCAUGCUUUAAUGGAGGCCGGUGCUCUGACAACCCAGAUGGCGGAUAUAUCUGUUUCUGCCCAGUGGGUUACUCGGGAUUUAACUGUGAGAAGAAAAUUGAUUACUGCAGCUCGAAUCCUUGUGCCAACGGAGCUCACUGUGAAGAUCUUGGAAAUUCCUAUAUAUGUCAGUGCCAGGAAGGCUUUUCUGGAAGGAACUGCGAUGACAACCUAGAUGACUGUGCAUCCUUUCCUUGCCAGAAUGGCGGUACAUGCCAGGAUGGGAUUAAUGACUAUACUUGUACCUGUCCUCCUGGCUACAUUGGGAAGAACUGCAGUAUGCCUAUUACCAAGUGUGAACAUAAUCCAUGCCACAAUGGUGCAACGUGCCACGAGAGAAAUAAUCGAUAUGUGUGUCAGUGUGCACGAGGUUAUGGUGGUAACAACUGCCAGUUUUUGCUUCCUGAAGAGAAAACUGUUGUUGUCGACUUCACUGAAAAAUACACAGAAGGGCAAAGUGGACAGUUCCCAUGGAUUGCCGUAUGUGCUGGGAUUGUCUUGGUGCUGAUGUUGCUGCUGGGCUGUGCUGCUGUGGUUGUCUGUGUAAGGGUUAGAGUGCAGAAGAGACGCCAUCAGCCUGAGGCCUGCCGUGGUGAGACCAAGACUAUGAAUAACCUGGCCAACUGUCAAAGAGACAAGGAUAUUUCUGUAAGCAUCAUAGGCACCACUCAAAUCAAAAACACCAACAAGAAAGUGGACUUUCUCAGUGAAAGCAACAAUGAAAAAAAUGGCUACAAGCCCAGGUACCCUUCUGUGGAUUACAAUUUAGUUCACGAACUGAAGAAUGAGGACUCACCUAAAGAAGAGCGUAGCAAAUGCGAAGCAAAGUGCAGCUCAAACGACUCUGAUUCAGAAGAUGUAAACUCAGUACACUCAAAGAGAGAUUCCUCAGAAAGAAGACGACCAGACUCUGCCUACUCCACGUCAAAGGACACAAAAUAUCAAUCGGUAUAUGUUAUAUCAGAUGAGAAAGAUGAAUGCAUCAUUGCAACAGAGGUGUAAUACGGACGCUGUACAGCACAAGGUUCUUGUCAGAUAUUCAAAGCUGACGCCCAUCUGAAUGCUGCUGGUGAAAGAGUCAGGGGAUAUCCCUUUGUUGACUGCUGCUGAGACACUAAAUUCAGGCUGAGCUGGUUCUCUACUGAAAUUAGGGGAAAUAAAAAGACUGCAAAACAAUAUGGACACCCCAAGCUAGUCUCCGUGUCCAGACAUAAACUGUUGCACUGCCGUUUCCGUACUUCUCCAUUGCACUAUGGACAGUUGCUUUUUUUAAAUUAUUAUAAUAAAUAUAUAUAUAAAUAUAUAUAUAUUUAAUGAAUGGACUUCAACAUAUGUCAGAAGAAGGGUGACCUGACUGAGGUGUAUAUUUUGGAUUCGUUUGAGCCAUUCCGUUGCUAAACUACAGACAGUCACUGCCUUCAAUGGCUUCUUUUUUAUACUAAAAGGUGUUUUCUACUAGGUCAAAAAAUGCGUAAUAUUUUUUGAACUUGUGAAACUAUUUUUACGAUAUUUGUAAAGCUUAAGUAUUUGUGAUGUUCAUUUUUAUAAUUUAAACCUUGGUAAAUAUGUACAAAGGCACUUCGGGUCUAUGUGACUAUAUUUUUUUGUAUAUAUAUGUAUUUAUGGAAUAUUGUGCAAAUGGUAUUUGAUUUUUUUUCUACUGUUUUUUUUUGUUAAUGAAGGAAGUAAUUUUUAAACUAUUUUUCCAAAAUAAAUACUAUAAAUAA